GUCUAGGAUAAAAUAGAAGUGGUUUUAUAAUCGACUAACUACACAUUAUAUGAGAAUAAUUGAUUACCUCUCUCGGGGCUAGGUAUCAUCAGACGUAUACCGAACCCAUUUCUGAGUCUCUAAAGAUAGAUUACUUCCUUGAGAUAUGCACCGCUGAUUUUCAACCUACUGCACUUCGCGUGCUCGUAACCAAAUAAAUAUAAACAAAUAAACUUACACGUGUGUAUAUAUCUAUAUAUUCUCACGUUUCAAUUCUGAAAGACGUCGAAUCAAAAAUUUCAUCUAGGAUGCGAGAGAAAGCGGCCGAUCUUCGCACGUAUGAUUGAUGUACACACGUUAUUCACAUCCAUGUGUAGCUCAUAUAUUUUUUUUCUGUUACGAAUCUAAAAUUUUCACCCAUCCGUAUUAUCUAUCUAUAUAUAUUUCAUAAGUUCGGGAACAAUUUGGGUGCAGUUUUAUUUCAAUUUUCUUACACACAAGGUAUAUAAUUUUCGCUCAAUAACCGCAGCAUCAGAUUUCUCCCGUUGGUAGUAAAGACAAGUCGUUGCACACACAGGGUUGUAUAUAUACAUAUGUAUACACACCGGUAAUUACAGAGUAGCUAACUAACGUCGAAUAAUAACAAUAACCCGUCAACGAAGCAUGUAAAACAAUUAAUAACCAGAUUAAAGCAGCAGAGUUUAUACCGCGGUAGAUUAAAGGCCGGUUGAUAUACUCGAGAUGGUUUAUUUUGUACGUGUGAAAAAAAAAAAAAAAAAAAAACUUACAGCACGCGACCGUAUUCUUUAUCGUAUAACUAGCGAUCGAUGAAAUUUUGCAUUUUACAUUGACCGCGUUUCCCGCAUCGUUGAUCCAGUUCGCGAGGAAGAAGAAAAAAUUUUCAUAUGAAAAAAAAAAUAAAAAAAAUAAAAAAAACAACGAACUGGAAACAUCUUUGUUCUAUUUUGCCUCGGUGCACAACCUAUUAUACGCGUAGGUAAUUGUAUCGCGGCGGUGCGUUGUUGCUUUCACAUUUGGUUAAUCGUCUCGCGGUUAUUUCGCGAUUCACCUCAAGGUAUGUAUAAUGGUUUAUAGAGCGCGCGUAGUUUGAACCUAAUAGCAAAAUCGAUUUACGCGAAUACUCGAGGUGAACCUAGAGAGUACGUAAUGCUUUUAACUUUAUACCUACAUACGCCCGGUACGUAAAUACCUCUACGAGAUACGUGUAUUACACACAUAUAUAUAUAUAUAUAUACCUACUGAUCUGUUUCUCGCGUUAUCGCGUGGCCACGGAAUACGCUCGCCAUUUACGGGAGCUUUUAUGAUCCGAGGUGAGCCGGGGAGCUGCCGGAGUCUGAAAAUGCCCCCGGCGAUGCGGUGUACAAUAAUAAUAAUAAUAAUACGAGAAUCCGCGUGUGCCCCGCAGGACCACUGCGGACGCGGCAGGAGCAUCAGCGGCAGCCAACCGGGUUUUUUUUUUUUUUUCUUCUAAAGUUACGUAGUAAGUUCGUUCCGACGCUCCGAAGCUCGAAGGAGCGAUAUCCGACGUUGCGCGUGUACGAUAAAGUACACGCGUACGAAAUACGAAACACACACACGGUAUAAUACGCCCGCAGACUGCAACGAUCCACGCCUAAUUGCCCGAUCAAUCAUUUCGCACGCGCGUAUUGUCGCGCGAAGUAGGGGGUGAACGCUGAUACCGCGUGGGUAUGUAGCUACGUACGUAAUAAUAUCGCGUGUACACGAUCGACCACUUUUACGUACAUAUGGAUAAGAGGAAGCGAAUAAAAUUUCGCUGCGUCACAAUUACAUUACCGACGCCCGACCCCCCGACGAUCUUCAAUUCGCCUAUAAUCGGCGUCUUCGCCCGUCACUCGAAUCGAUGCGAUGACCCCCCGUAGAAGUGGGGUGAGAAAAAAUUUCAGAGAGUCUGAAGAAAGCGUUCGAAGAGUAAAAUUUAUUUAUCGCGACGAAGGAGGGAACUGGGAUGAGGAGGACGAGUGAGAAUUGAGAGAAAAAAAGAGAAAAAAAAAAAAAAAAAUAGAUGACGCGAAACCUCAACGUCACGAUUGAACUAUUCGCGAAACUUUGUCUAUGUGCUUGAACGCGCGUGCUGCUGAAAAUUUUUGCAAUGUUAACGCUGACAAAAAUUGCGGCAGAAUAGAGUGUUAGUGUAUAGUUGAUGUAAAAACGAGAUAAAAUCUUUCUAAAUUUAGAACGAUAGCUCGUGGCGAUACAUUGAGAUAGCGUAGAGAGACCUGCGUAGAGAGCGAAUACCCAAAAAUUCAUCGAACAUUACUUUGACGAGAAAAUUAUUUCGGUGCGCCAAGAGACACGACUGAGCGCAUAUUUCUCAAUUUACUUAGCGAGAUAUUGUUACGAUAAAUCGACAAUCGUACGGUCGGGUGGUUUGUAAUUGCAAUGAAAUUGAAAAUGAGAUCAAAGUUUUGGCAAUUAUUUUUCGUAUACGUGAUGUGUUUUGCGAGAGACGCGAAGGGGGCGCGUAUUUUAGGAUUGUUUCCCCUCCCGGCCAUCAGUCACUUCAAUGUGUUUACCGAGGUGAUGAAAAGUCUCGCGGACGCCGGACACCAGGUAGACGUGGUCAGUCACUUUCCCCGGAAAAAACCGUACCCGAAUUACACGGACGUAGUGAAUUUAGAGUCGGAAACGAGUCUGGUGUUCGUGAAUAACUUGGACUACGAUACGAUGGCGAAGAUAACUAGAAAUUCGGCGUCUGCCGGAAUGCAGUUCGGGGGAAUCGCCGUGUGCGAUAUGAUGGAACAAAGCGGGCUGAAAAAAUUGAUUGAAAAUCCGCCGAAGGAUCCACCGUACGAUCUCGUUAUCGUGGAGUUCUUCGUGGCAAACUGUUACUUCGCGUUCGGGAGACACCUCGAUAUUCCGAUAAUCGCACUCGGUUCGGGGUCACCGAUGCUCCUGGCAAACGAAGCUCUGGGCAAUCCUCUGAAUCCAGCGAUCGUAUUCGAGAUAUCGGAGCAACCGAUAUUUGACUCGACAUUUUGGCAACGGCUCAAAAACACCAUUGGCACAAUCAUGAUCGGAAUGGAAAUGCGGUAUCACACGCGGAAGCAAAAUUCCAUAGUGAAAAAAUAUUUCGGAAGCGAAAUGCCGGACGUCGACGUUCUUGCUCGGGACAUAUCCCUCUUGCUGAUAAACUCGCACCACAUUUUUCACGGGAUCAGACCUUUAACUCCAGCCGUCGUUCCAAUUAGCGGUAUUCACAUGCGGGACGACGAGAAACCCGCACUGCCGGUGAAUUUGAAAAAUUGGUUGGACGAAAGCGAGGACGGUUUCGUCUACAUGUCCUUCGGUUCGAUGGUGAAAAUUGAAUCAUUUCCAAAACCGAUUAUCACCGAGAUGUACGAGGCAUUCGACAAAAUCGCACCGCUCAAUGUUUUGGUGAAAAUCGCUAAUCCCCAUGAAUUACCACCAGGUCUUCCGAAAAAUGUUUUAACCCUUCGCUGGGCGCCGCAAAUUCAAGUUUUGAAGCACAAAAAUAUACGAGCGUUCAUAACGCACGGUGGAUUGGGAGGAUGUUUGGAGUCACUUAGGUACGCCGUGCCGUUAAUAGGUGUGCCAUUAUUCGCCGAUCAAUUCAGUAACAUAGACGCAGCUGUGCACAGAGGAAUCGCGGUGAGACUCGAUCACGAAAAAUUGACGGCAGACAAAAUUAUUGAAGCGGUAAAAAGCGUCGUUCACGACACGAAAUACAAGAACAACAUGAUCAAGUUAUCGAAAGAAUUUCUGGAUCGACCAAAAAGUCCGAGAGAAACGAGCGUAUUUUGGAUCGAGUAUAUCCUGAAACAUGGAGGAGAUUCCCUACGAUCUCCAGCUGUGAAACUGACCUGGUGGCAGGUGGAAUUAAUAGACGUUUACGCUUUCACGAUGGCGAUAAUCCUGCUGACUUUUUACGUCGCUAAGCUGACGAUUUUCAUGAUUCUCAAAAAAAUUUUCAACGCGAACGAGACAACGAAGUCGUCCAAGAAGAGGGAUUGAUCUACGCAUGCGGAAGACCAAUCUGGAUCUAAAAAUCUUGAUUAAGAAUGUCAGUUUUUAUCCGAUAAUUAGUAUUAUAUUUAUACCAGCGUGGAUAUAAUCAUUGAGACGACGACCCCGAAUAAAAAGAAACUUUAUAAAAUGGCAAGAAAGUGAGCGCGAAAAACGUAUGACUUAGCGAUUCUUCGAUAAGGUGGACAUCCUGCCGAACACUGGUUACUUGAAAAUACACCGAAGCCAAUUAAGCACGA